UUGGCUCUGCGCAGCGUCAGUGCCGGCCCCGCCCCUCAGCCUUCGCGAGCCAAUCGCGGCUCGGGGGCGGGUCCUGAGGGCUAUAUAAAGGCGCUCGGCGGGGUCCCGUGUCUUUCGCGGGACGGCGUUCGGGGAGGUCCUUGGAACCGUCCCUGGAGCCGGAGCUGUCGUGUCCCCUCCUCUUUCACUGCCCGUUGCAAACAAUAAAGGCCGUUCCUACCCUACUAGCUUUUCUCUUGGACCUCAGGCUCCUGCGGGAGUGCGGGCGACAUUUCGCAGAAGGUUCUCUGGCCGACCUUGCCGGGAUUUCCAGAUGGCCGCGCUGCGCCGAACCCUCCACGUGGCGACCCUGGCGGCUGGGGCGCGCCGCGCUUUGGCGGGGUACAUAGCACCGUUUCUGCAGCAUUUUGAUGGAACUUGGGCGCUGGGUGACACACGUACUCCACUCGUGUCCACAGGCUCCCUGGCUGGUAGCUGCCUGGCCGACCGUCGCCUCUGGGAUAAGCUCCAUGCCGAUGCCCGUAGGGGCAGCGUCCCCACGUUCGACUGGUUCUUUGGGUAUGAGGAAGCCCAGGGGUUGCUACUUCCGCUGCUGCAGGAGGCACGGGCUGCCUGCCCACCGAGGGUGUUGGACGUAGGCUGUGGGACCUCCAGCCUGUGUACAGGCCUCUACACCAAGUGCCCACAUCCCGUGGAUGUGCUGGGGGUGGACUUCUCUCCUGUGGCUGUUGCCCACAUGAAGAGUCUCCUGGAAGGUGGUCAAGGCCAAACACCCCUCUGUCCUGGGCAUCCUGCUUCCCGACUCCACUUCAUAAAGGCUGAUGCCCAGAACCUGGAGCCAGUGGCUUCCUCAGGCUCCUUCCAGCUAGUGCUGGAUAAGGGCACCUGGGAUGCUGUUUCCCGAGGUGGUCUGCCCAGGGCUUACCAGCUUCUGUCAGAGUGCCUCAGGGUCCUAAGCCCGCAGGGGACCCUGAUUCAGUUCUCAGAUGAGGACCCUGAUGUGCGGCUGCCCUGCCUGGAGCAAGGGUCCCCAGGCUGGACUGUGACCGUGCAGGAGUUAGGCCCUUUCGGGGGCAUCACCUACUUCGCUUACUUGGUUCAAGGCUCUCAUUAAAGACUUCAGUCCUGACCCGAAUUUUCCUGUUGGGUAGCUUUUCAACUUUGUAAGAUGGCUGGGAGGCAAGGAUUUGAGGCCUGGCCUCCACAUUUAUUAGCUGGGAGCACAGAGUAUUGAAUGUUUCUGUGCCCCAGUUCAUGCUCUGGCAGCAAGGAGGAAUAAUACCCGGAGUUAGGGGAUUACAUAUGAUGAUAGGUGAAACGUGGAGCAUUUAGCAAUGCCAGGCACAAGACGGAGUGCUGAGUAGAGAAGGUGCAGUGGCUCAUUCCCCAGCCCCAACGAACUGGAACUCCUAAAAACACAGGAGUUCUGUGGGGUUUUUUGUUUGUUUGUUUGAGGAGUUUAGGGAUUUGUCUGUUUGUUUUUAGAUUUAUUUAUUCUAGAGCGAGCGAGCAGGGGGAGGGGCAGAGGCAGAGGGAGAAUCCCAAGCAAUCUCCAUGCCCAGUGCGGAGCCCAAAUCAGGGCUCCUCCCUGAGAUCAUGGCCAGAGCCAAAACCAAGAGUUGGGUGCUUAACCGACUGAGCCACCCAGGUGCCCCUGUUGGAGGAGUUUUUUAAUAGAGGGGUUCUUAAUCCAAAUUCCAGUACUGACUGACUUGUGUGAGCCAGUGGCCUCACCCCUAAGCCUCUUGUCCUCACCUGUAAAAGGAGAAGACUGAAAGAACCGAUAGAAGGGCCUCAUAACAAACCACUGAAAUGUGAAGGGAGACAGAACAAUACUUACCCUCAAAGCUCCUGGGAGGCAGGAGAUGUGAAUAUUCCACAAAGCAGCUUCUACAAACACGGGAGCUGGCUGCUGGGUUCCAGAGAGAACAGGGGUUGGAGGCUUCCUGAUACUCUGUGUCCUCAGGAAUCCAGGAGACCUCUUGUUCUCCCUGGUCCUGCCCCCAGCUGAAUUCUGGGUUAAAGGUUCUUGAGGGAGAUCUGGGGUCCAGUGGGCUCCAAGUCCAGCCUGGGGGAGAGAGGAGUGGAAGAGCCCAUUAAGAAUGAAAAGUAUUCCGGGCGCCUGGGUGGCUCAGUUGGUUAAGCGACUGCCUUCGGCUCAGGUCAUGAUCCCAGGGUCCUGGGAUCGAGUCCCGCAUCGGGCUCCCGGCUCAGCGGGGAGCCUGCUUCUCCCUCUGACCCUCUCCUCUCUCAUGCUGUUUCUCUCUCGCUCACUCUCUAAUAAAUAAAUAAAUAAAAUCUUUUAAAAAAAAAGAAUGAAAAGUAUUCCUGAUCUAUUACUGACUUUUUAAAAGAUGAAACAAAUUUGUGUAUUUUUUUCUUAUUGAAAAAAGUAAUACAGCAAUUAUAAUUAAGAGGCUAAUUUCAGGGGUGCCUGGGUGGCCCAGUCUCUUAAGCAUCUGGCUCAGGUCAUGAUCCCAGGAUCCUGGGAUUGAGCCCCACAUCGGGCUCCCUGAUGCUUCUGGGAGUCUGCUUCUCCCUCUCCCUCUGCCAUGCCCCCUGCUUGUGCUCUCUCUCUGUCAACUAAAUAAAAUAAAAAAUCUUUUUUUAAAAAAAGGCUACUUUGAGACGCCUGGGUGGCUCAGUCCGUUAAGCGUCGGCCUUGGGCUCAGGUCAUGAUCCCAGGGUCCUGGGAUCAAGCCGCACAUCGGACUCCUUGCUCAGCAGAGAGCCUGCUUUUCCCUCUGCCUUCCGCUCCCCCUGCUUGUGCUCUUUCUCUCACUCUCUGAAAAUAAAUAAAAUCUUAAAAAAAAAAAAAAGGCUAAUUUCACAGCCUGUUUCCUCAUGAGGAUGAAAGGAUCUCCCUCACUGGGUUCUGAAAAUCAUGAGAUAAAAGCAUUUAGCACACUGUAAAUGCUAAUAUAUAAGCUUCUAGAACAGUAUCAGACAUGGGGAAAAGUCUGGAAGAAAAGGCAUCCAAAAUGUAACUUAUCUCUGGGUAGUUGAUUUGGGAUGAUUUUAUUACCUUUUUUCCCCCACAACAAUGUGAAUUUUUUUUUUUAAAGAUUUUGACACACACACAGAGGGAGAAAGCAAGCACAAGCAGGGGGAGCGGCAGGCAGGGGGAGAAGCAGGCUCCCCACUGAGUAAGGAGCCCGAUGCAGAACUCGAUCCCAGGAUCCUGGGAUCAUGAGCUGAAGGCAGACGCUUAACCAACUGAGCCACCCAGGCUCCCCAAACAAUGUGAAUAUUUUAAAACAUUAAGAAUAAUUAAAAGGCGGGUGCCUGGGUGGCUCAGUUGGUUAAGGGACUGCCUUCGGCUCAGGUCAUGAUCCUGGAGUCCCUGGAUCGAGUCCCGCAUCGGGCUCCCUCCUCAGCAGGGAGUCUGCUUCGUCCUCUGACCCUAUCUCCUCUCAUGUGUUCUCUCUCUCUCAUUCUCUCUCUCUCAAAAAAAAAAAAAAAAAAAAAAGAAUAAUUAAAA